AUGCAAGAAGACAAGAUAAGUAAAGUGAAAAAAAAUAAUUUGAUGAAAAUGAAAGAAGGCAAAUCCACAGAAGCACAAGAAGGCAAAAUUAGUGAAGGCAAAAGCAGCAAAAUGCGAGAAGGCAAACCAGCAAAAAUCCAAAAAAGCAAAAACAGCAAAGUGCAAGAAAGCAAACUAGCAAAAAUGAAAAAAACAAGAUCAGCAAAGCGCAAAAAACUAAAUAAAAGCAAACAUCAAGAAAAUAUAGAAACUCCAACAAACACUGAAAUGACUCACCAAGAACGUCGAAGAAAUACUUAA